AUGAGACCUGAAGAAUUGGUGAAGCUGAAGCAGGGUGCGAUGAAGAAGAGAAAGGCUCCCUCUUCAUCCACUGCCGACGUCCAGAAGAGAUCGAAGACUUUGGGCAAGAGUCAGAAGAAGAUGGGUCACUAUUCUACUGCCCUCAUUAACAGUUUGAAGGACACUAAAACAGAAUUGGUCGAAGCAUGUGAAAAGCAGAAGGCGAUUGAGGCUUCGGAGGCCAAAGCAAAUGUUGCUACUACCAAAGUCAAGUCCAAAGCUGAAGCUGUGGAGGCUGAGGUUGCCCACCUGAAGAAGGCUUUGGAGGAGGCCGAAGCUUUGAAAGCAAAGGUUAAGGCCAACUUGGCUUCGAAGAAGAAAAGUCGAUGGAUCCAAGCUUUCUGGACGGAGAAGAGGAAUAAGAGGGAGAAGAAGGAGCUGAAGGAGGAGAGCGAGGAGCCUCUGGAGAAGAAGGAGCCACAGGAAUUGGUUCGAUGUGAUUGCUGCGAUUGUGCAUUCGCACAAUACCAUGCUAAACGUUUGCCAAUAGCCCUACCUUUAAGGACUCAAAUUGACAACCUUGAAGAAGACCUCUAUUGGGCACAACGAGAUGUGGUCAAAACAGUUCAACUUCAAAGCAACCUUCAUUUGGCUGAGGACAUGAUCAGAGAACUCAACCAAGUAGUGGAUAUUAAGAGAUCAGCAGCCGAUGUCAUUAGGCAUGAACUUAUCUCGGCCCGACAGACCAUCACUGACCUUUUGAAAGCUUUGAGCAGGGAUAGGUUUGCGAUGACCAAGCUUCAUAUUAAGCUCACAGAGAGCACGGUGGCAGCCAACUACGCCAAAGCUACUGUUAGGCAAUUGGAAGAUAGGCUUGUCAUGACUUUAUGCAAUGUAACUCUAGAGGUCAUGGAGGUAUCGGUCAUGGCCAUGGACGUCAGCUUUGAAGAGUCAAAAUCAGGGAAUUCUACUCAAAAUGUAUUUCUGGCACAGCAUUGUCAACAGAAUAGACAAUCACACACCAGAUUUCUCAGUAGCUCUUGUGCCCUUAGUAUGCGCAGUGCACAUCUCUUGCAGGGAUGCAGAUUAGCAUGGCCUGACAAGUCAGCCAUGUGGUUGCAUACCUUGACAAAACACAGGAUUGAUCUUGGGAACCGAGCAAGUAUCCAUUGCAAUGCUGCUCAAUGUACUAGUGCUGUUUCAUCCUUCGAGAAAAUCGACUUUCUCAAGCUUCAAAAUGGAAGUGAUAUUCGAGGUGUUGCUGUUGCUGGUGUCAAGGGGGAACCUGUAAAUCUUACUGAACCUGUCACAAAAGCAAUAGCUGCUUCUUUUGCUGCAUGGUUAUUGGAAAAAAAGAAACCAGCUGAAUCAAAACGCCUAAGAAUCUCUGUUGGUCAUGAUUCGCGAAUAUCUGCUCAGAAAUUACAGGAUGCAGUUUCUCAUGGAAUUGCUAGUAUUGGAGUGGAUGUUAUUCAGUAUGGAUUGGCAUCUACACCAGCAAUGUUCAACAGUACACUUACUGAAGAUGAGAAUUUCCUUUGUCCAGUUGAUGGGUCCAUAAUGAUAACAGCUAGUCACCUUCCCUAUAAUCGCAAUGGCUUUAAGUUUUUCACUGGAGCUGGUGGACUUGGAAAAGCUGACAUUAAAGACAUCUUGGAGCAUGCUGCAAAUAUAUAUGAGAAGUUCACAGAUACAAGCCUGAAGGAAUCAGAAGAAGCUGCGAAUGCAGCUGUUAGAAAGGUGGAUUACAUGACAGGUUAUACUGCUGAUCUUGUAGCUGCAGUUCGUAGAGAUGCAGGGAACGUGGAGAAGCCACUGGAGGGAUUUCAUAUAAUUGUGGAUGCAGGGAAUGGAGCAGGUGGUUUUUUUGCGGGAAAGGUACUUGAACCUUUGGGUGUGGUUACAACUGGAAGUCAGUUUUUGGAGCCAGAUGGCAUGUUUCCAAACCAUAUUCCCAACCCUGAGGAUAAAGCUGCCAUGAAAGCAAUAACCCAGGCAGUCCUGGAGAAUAAAGCAGAUUUAGGUAUCAUAUUUGAUACAGACGUUGACAGAUCUGCUGCAGUAGAUUCCAGUGGUCGUGAGUUCAACCGUAAUAGACUUAUUGCUUUGAUGUCAGCUCUUGUACUUGAGGAACAUCCGGGAACUACUAUUGUUACUGACAGUGUGACUUCAGAUGGCUUGACCUCGUUUAUUGAAAAGAAACUAGGGGGAAAGCAUCACCGGUUCAAAAGAGGGUACAAAAAUGUCAUUGAUGAAGCAAUUCGUUUGAAUUCUAUUGGUGAGGAGUCACAUUUGGCCAUUGAAACUAGUGGCCAUGGAGCUUUGAAGGAGAAUCAUUGGCUUGAUGAUGGAGCAUACCUCAUGGUCAAACUCUUAAAUAAACUUGCCUCUGCCAGAGCUUCUGGUUCAGGUAGUGGUGGCAAAGUUCUGAUCGACUUGAUAGACGGCCUGGAGGAAGCUGCUGUGGCAGUGGAACUAAGAUUGAAGAUUGAUCAGAACCAUGCAGACCUUAAAGGAGGGUCUUUUCGUGAUUAUGGAGAAGCAGUGCUAAAACACUUGGAGAACACAACUAGCUCAGAUCCAAAGUUGAAAAAGGCAUCCAACACUUACGAAGGCGUUAGGGUCUCAGGCCAUGGUGGUUGGUUCCUGCUGAGGCUCUCACUUCAUGAUCCAGUUCUGCCCCUCAACAUUGAGGCACCAAGCAAUGAGGAUGCUGUGAAGUUGGGGCUUGCCGUUCUGGCUGCCGUUAAAAAGUUUGCAGCUCUGGACACUUCUGCACUAGACAAGUUUGUGCAACAAUAAGAUUUCACUAGAAUGAAGCCAUUUUGUCUCUACGCUGAGAUGGCUCGGAAACUUGUGCUUUCUACAUGAUAGCUUGUUGCAGAAACAAGACAAUUUUGAUGCCAACGAGGCCUUGUUACCUGAGCUUCUGUUGUUGUUACAUAUCAUAAUGAGGGCUGGGUGAAUCCUUGGUGCAAGCAACACAGUUUUGGAAAAUUGUAAUCCCUAAAGUAUUUUCAUCAGUCAUCUGGACAAUUUUCAGGCACAGGCUUAGGUUUUGCAAAUAAGAUUGGAGGGGAUACAAAAUAGCAUGUAGCACCACACGAAAGUGUCUACUAGUUAUCUCACUUGAAUGGGCAGGUUGUCUUUUGACUAUUCUAAGCAAUAAUGUGUAGGAACAUGGCUAUUAGUUCUUCAACUUCAAUGUUUCUUAUGGGCUCGUGUCCAUCAUAUGUUGUUAGUAACAUACACAGCUUAUGAGAAGAUAUCAAAUCUAUUCGACAAUUAUCAACA